AUGAUGAAAAUGUGGUUGUCGCUCGCCCGGAGCAGACGGAACGUGGAGGGAGUGCUCUUCGACGUGCUAAUCGCAUUGGCGGACCUCCCAGAGGUGCUGAAGAUGCAGGGGCAAGGCGCCGCCUACAACGACCAGUUGCAGUCCAAAGGCAAGGUCCACGGGUUAGGGGCUCUCCAGCCGCGCGUUUCCGGAGGAUUGCUGGAGGCGCUGGCCCCGAGGCAGCGUAGUAUCGGCAAACAGAACUCCGACAAGCUCCAGGUGUUCAAGCAGCGUCUGGCGACGCUGGGAUACGACAAAAAGAUGGACACCAUUCGUUUCACGAGAGUGGACAGGUGCUACGUGCAGGGCAAGACCAGGAGCACACUCUGCGUGGGGGAGUACCGCAGGGAGCUGACCGGCGCCCUGCAGCAGUCCGCGGGGUGCGCCGUGUCAUGA